AUGCCGUCGAUCAGGGUUUCUGGCAUUGAUCCUCCUGCUGACGGCACGAGCCAUUCAGUGCUCGGUAGCCGCCCCGCGUCGUGGGUGGGCAAAAAGCAGGCUCCGCAACCGCUUGCCUCACGAGAGCAUCUUGGCAAUAAAAGACGUCAAGGUGCCCGGGUGGGUGUGGGAGCACAGAGGGAUCCGGUGAGGGAAGUGGCUGUGGCGAACAGCAACUUCAUGCAACUCCUCGGGUUGAUAGUAGGCAAGUAG